GAUCUGACGUGGUGCAAAACUCAACUAUCGUUGUCACAAAAUUGGUAUUGAAUACUUAAUGUAGUAUUAAUAAAUAUUUUAUAUUACUUUAUUUAUACGUCCAUACAGAUAUCAUCCAAAAUGCUGGACAGUUUAUUUGAUGAUGUAAAGCGCAUGAACAAGCGUCAGUUCAUUUACCAAGUACUUAGUUUUGGUAUGAUAGUAUCUUCUGCCCUUAUGAUAUGGAAGGGCUUAAUGGUAGUUACUGGCAGUGAAAGUCCUAUCGUAGUUGUGUUGUCUGGAAGCAUGGAGCCAGCUUUUCACAGAGGCGAUCUUUUGUUUUUAACAAAUUACCCAGAGGAGCCCGUACGUGUUGGAGAAAUCGUUGUCUUUAAGGUUGAAGGACGUGAUAUUCCAAUUGUUCACAGAGUUCUGAAGCUUCAUGAAAAAAAUAAUGGUACUGUAAAGUUCCUUACUAAAGGGGACAACAAUAGUGUAGACGACAGAGGAUUGUAUGCCCAGGGACAACUGUGGUUAACCAAAAAGGAUGUAGUGGGUCGCGCAAGAGGCUUCUUGCCAUAUGUUGGAAUGGUCACAAUUUAUAUGAAUGAAUAUCCCAAGUUUAAGUUUGCUGUAUUGGGAUGCUUAGCUAUAUAUGUGCUGGUGCAUAGAGAGUGACAAUUUUCAUUUGAUCUGAAGUUUGCAGUAAAGAGAAAAGUGAAUUGGUUCUGCAGAUGUAUUUAAUUUUAUGAAUAAAUGGAGUUCUCUCUAGUGU